AUGGCACCAACUUCAGAAACAUUGGCAGCUGGUGCAGAUGGAGCUUCACCUGGAGUUGGUACUUCUCCAACUGAACUAACUUCUGUACUGGCAUUAGAAGAUCUUGGAAGAGGAGAUGUCCUUAGUAGAUUAGAUGUCAAUGGUCAUCCUCUUCUCAACUCAAGUUGCCAAACUCGACGACUUACUUCCAAGUGUUGGUAUGAAGGCAAAUGUGAUGCUGUAGAUGAAGAUGGAACUGAUGGAGUUGUUUCAAGACUCAAAGGAGGUUCUUGCAGAGAAUUGAGAUGGUUAGGAGAUUAUGUGUGGAAUUCAAGAAUAAGAAUGUAUUCGUGGCCUGUGAUGAAUGAACAAGGUGAGAGUCCAGUUUCUCCCCACCUGAAUAUUCAUAGCUACCUUGAAUUGGCUAGAGCUAUUGGUAAUCUCAAUGAAUCUUCGUUUGAAUUUCAGCGUAAGAUUCUUGAGCGGUCUGGGCUAGGAGAAGAGACUUAUCUUCCUGAAGCAUUGCACUGCAUACCUUCCGAAGCUUCGAUGGUCACCGCUAGAGAAGAGGCGGAGCAGGUCAUGUUCGGCGCCUUGGAUAGUUUUUUUUCUAACACAAAUAUUAACCUCCAAGAUAUCGGUAUUCUAGUUGUCAACUGUAGUUUGUUCAAUCCUAUUCCUUCCCUUUCGGCCAUGAUAAUUCAUAAGUAUGGAUUGAGAUGUCAUGUUAAGAGCUUCAACUUAAGUGGAAUGGGUUGCAGUUCUGGACUGAUUGCAGUUGGUCUUGCAAAGGAUUUGCUUCAAGUUCAUCGUAACACGUACGCGAUUGUUGUGAGCACUGAGAAUGUUACCCAGAGUUCGUAUUCCGGUGACGACAAAUCUAUGAUGAUAGCUAACUGUUUAUUCCGUGUUGGUGGCGCAGUGAUUCUUCUUUCGAACAAACCUCAAGAUAGACAGCGAGCUAUGUAUAAAUUGGCUCACCUCGUGAGAACCCACCGUGGGCUAGAUGACAAAUCAUUUACUUGCGUAUACCAAGAGCAGGAUAAAACCGGGGUCUUGGGUGUUUCACUAUCCAAAGAUGUUACGAGCAUAGCUGGAGAGGCACUUAUAAUCAAUAUAACCACGUUGGGUCCUCUCUUCCUCCCAAUCAAAGAACAACUUCGAUUUUUCGUAACGAUGGUCGUUAAAAAGUUGUUCAGGAAAUCAGAAAUCAAGACUUACAUCCCGAAUUUCAAACUUGCCUUUGAUCAUUUCUGUAUACAUGCUGGGGGAAGAGGGGUUAUUGAUGAACUGGAGAAGAGUUUACAGUUGUUGCCGGUUCAUGUUGAGGCGUCUUGGAUGACUCUUCAAAGAUUUGGUAAUACCUCAUCCAGUUCAAUUUGGUACGAGUUGGCUUACAUCGAGUCCAAGGGAAGAGUUUGUAAAAACGACCGUGUCUGGCAGAUUGCUUUCGGAAGUGGCUUUAAGUGUAACAGUGCAGUGUGUGUAGCACUCAAGAAUGUGAAGAAGCCCUCCACAUCUUCCAAGCAGAUACCUUGGGAAGCCUAA